AGACUUUGAGACACCUUAGCACUACUGCACCCCCCAUCCUGGGAACCAGGCCUCUAGCAUUAGGAGGCACCUUAGCACUACUGCACCCCCCAUCCUGGGAACCAGGCCUCUAGCAUUAGGAGGCACCUUAGCACUACUGCACCCCCCUUCCUGGGAACCAGGUCCCUAGUAACCAGCCACGCGUGCACGGGAGCUUUGAGUACUUUCCAUCCCCAUUGUAGUCUUUCUCCAAUAGACCCGGACCCUGGAACUGGGGUGAGACGACCUGCAGGUGUUCCUCCUUGUAACCGCCAUAACAUUGAUCAAGUAGAGUUAGCUGACCAUUGUAUGAACUAGUCAAAACAGUUGACAAAUGAUUUUUGGACUUUCCCUUUGAUUCUGUACUACCCCCUCCCUGAAUUUGUGGUUUUUUCCUUUAAAAGAGCUUGUAAUAGACAAAGCAGGGUCCUUCUCCUCUCGAGGCUGAGGGACCUCUGCCGUGGCAGAAUAAAAAUUCCUCUUGCUAUUGCAUCAACCGUGCUGUGAGUGUCUCUUGGGGCGACCUCCUCCUUGGUGGGGCUUUAGGGCCCAACAUUUGGUGCGUUGGCCGGGAAGUGCUGGUCGCCCUCAGACCCAUUCCUGACCCGGUUGGAGGUAAGAGCGCGCUUGUCUGAAUGUUUUAUGUUCGUCUAUUUCUGUUAUUGUGCCUUAUGUUUAUGAUCAUCAGGGAUUUGGAGGAACAUUGUACCUGCGCAGGGCUAGUAUUUGAAAGGGACCAGGCAGUGGGACAGACGUGUCCGGGAACACUCCCUGGCCCAGCCGUGGAGGACGCUUCACAGGCAAUUUGUGAAACUAGGAGCGACCAGGUCAUCUUAGUUUCUAGAGAGUGUGGUUCUUAUCGCCCACUCCCUUCCAGGUUUGUAAUAUCAGUUUUACAUCAGUCUGUUGCCGCGCGGCUCUCGGUCUUGAGUCUGUGUCUGUCAUUUUGUAUUGUUGUUUUUGUCUUUGUGUUUGUUUUUGAGUUGGAAUCUAGUACAAUGGGACAACAAAUAACCACCCCCUUAACUUUGACUUUAGACCACUGGAAAGAGGUUGAGGACAGAGCUCACAACCAGUCUAUGGUAAUCCGAAAGAAACGCUGGCAAGCGUUCUGUUCCGUGGAAUGGCCCACUUUCGGAGUGGGCUGGCCACAGGACGGAACAUUUAAUCUGAAUAUUAUUUUGCAGGUUAAGACAAGAGUCUUUCAGCCUGGCCAGCAGGGCCAUCCUGAUCAAGUUCCUUACAUCGUAACUUGGGAGAGCUUGUCCAGAGACCCUCCGCCCUGGGUCAAACCAUUUGUCCUGCCUGCGGGAGCCGGAAACCCAGUACCAGCUCCCUGGCCCUCCACCACCCCUUUGACUCCGAGGGCGGCAGCAACCCCAACUGCCCCUCCCCUGGACCCGUUGUCCUCUCUCUUCCCCAUGCAGGAGCGACCGAAACAGAAGUCCCAGACCCAGACACCACCAAUCCUCUCUGACAAUCAGUCAGACCUCCUGCUUUUUGACCCUCCUCCUCCUUAUCCCCGGCCUCUUCUGCCCCAGGCCGAGGCAGCCCCCCUCGCGCCUGUUCCUGGGGAACCUGCUGAACCUGAUAUAGACCCUGACAGGCCCCCUAGCCCUGACACGACUGAUACUGCUGAGGGGGGGCCUAACUCGCAGCCAGCAGGCCGGCUGCGGCUCCGCAGAGGGACAUCUGCAAGGGAAAGGUGGACUUCCCAGGCACUACCCCUCCGCUCAAUGGCUGACCAAUUUCAAUACUGGCCUUUUUCAGCCUCUGAUCUUUAUAACUGGAAACUUCAUAACCCCUCCUUUUCCCAGGACCCCCAGGCCCUUACUGCCCUUAUAGAAUCUGUUCUGAUUACUCACCAGCCCACUUGGGAUGAUUGCCAACAGCUUUUGCAGAUACUUCUCACUACAGAGGAGAAACAGCGUGUUUUCCUUGAAGCUCGGAAGAAUGUCCUGGGAGCUGACGGAAGGCCAACCCAGUUGCCAAAUGAGAUAGAGGAUGCCUUCCCUUUGACCCGACCCAAUUGGGACUUCAAUACUCCAGCUGGUAGGGAGCGACUUCGUCUCUACCGUCAGAUUCUGUUAGCGGGUCUCCAAGGGGCUGGCAGACGGCCCACUAAUUUGGCUAAGGUAAGAGCAAUAAUACAGGGGCCUGAGGAAACACCUGCAGGAUUUCUAGAAAGGCUAUUGGAGGGGUACAGAAUGUACACCCCUUUUGAUCCCAUGGCAGCGGAUCGCCAGGCUGAUAUAAUAAUGUCUUUUAUAAGCCAGUCAGCACCUGAUAUUCGUAGCAAGCUGCAGAGGAUGGAGGGACUGCAGGGUUACUCCCUCCAAGAUUUAGUAAAGGAGGCAGAGAGAAUUUUUAACAAAAGAGAGACACCAGAGGAAAAGGAAGAAAGAAGGCGCAAGGAACAGGAAGAGAGAGAGGACAAACGAGAUAAAAAGCGUAGUCGUGAGUUAAGUAAGAUCUUGGCCACAACAGUACGCAGUAUAGAGCAACCUAAGAAGCGCCAGGACAAGGAUAGGGGAGACAAAAGGCGGCCACGAGUGGACCGAGAUCAAUGUGCCUAUUGCAAAGAAAGAGGACAUUGGAUCAAGGACUGCCCAAAACGUCCAGCUGAACCCAAGAAAAAGCCAGUUCCUGUCCUAGCCCUGGAAGACAGUGAUUAGGACAGUCAGGGCUCAGAGCCCCCCCCUGAGCCCCGGGUAACCCUUCUAGUGGGGGGGCACCCUACCACAUUUUUGGUAGAUACUGGAGCCCAGCAUUCGGUCCUCACACAAGCAAAUGGACCUUUGAGUUCAAAAACCUCUUGGGUUCAGGGGGCCACCGGGGGAAAAAUAUACCGAUGGACCACAGAAAGAAAA